UUUUCAUCUGUUUUGUUGAUGGUUUGUCUAGUUCGUCAAAUCCUUGAAAUAUCUUCAAUUGGACAGUUGGAAGAAACCCACUGGCAGAAUAAGGAUCAACUGAUCGUUGUAGAAUUUUAUGUUUCAGGGUAAAAUAUUGUUAGUUGUCCAUACAUACCACUUUCUAUGUUUAUUUACAUACAUGAUUACAAGAUAUCUUUUUAAUUCUAUUUCUAUAGGACACCUGAUUGUAACAGUUCAGUCGAAGAAUUUGAAGCUUUAAAUAGCAAAUAUGGAAUUGAGAAACAGGCUUUGUUUGUUCGAAUCAACUUCGAGUUAGAGCCAGUAAGCAAACAUUUUACUUCGGUGGCACAUACAGUACAGUACAAUCGUCAUAUACAGUAGCAAGCGUCUGUCACUUCUGAGAUCGUGGGUUUCCUUCUCUUCUCGUUGCGGACUCCUGACACUUAAGACUAUUUUGACUCAUGUCUAAUCAAGGAGCGCAGCUACGGUGGAAAGUCAAUUACUGUAGUAACUAUUCUCAACCAACCCUGUCAACAUUCCCUGUGGGAGAAACCGCGGAGUACCAGGUGAAAACCCACGACUUUCGAUGGACCUUUAACUCCCUCCCGUGACAGCCUUUACUCAUGAGAGACCUUAAGAUCUAGAUCUAAUGAAAUUAAUAAUAUUUAAGAAAAGAAAUGAAUAAUUAAAAUUCCAUGGGAGAUUUAGACAUCGUCCACGGUCUGGUUUACCGGCUGUAAACCAGACCAGUAAACCUUUUACGUCCUGUGUACAACAUUUGCAUUUUAGUACGUAAGAAGUGGACACUCAGCAAAUUGGUUCAGUAUUAAUGUGGAACUCUACUCAAUAAAAAACCUCCGUUUUGAACUCUUCAAGCUGUAUUAAAUUCAUAUGCGAUUGAUAAUAUACGAUAAGAUUUCUUUACAAUAAUUUAUUUGGAUGCAUUUGUUUUGGCCGUCGUCGUCGCUUUGCCGUCCUACAUCUUAAUGUCCCUAAUAGUCAGGCUCAGCUGCGUCCUUCGCAAUUCAACUUACAGUAGCUGUCAGCCUCUCAGCUGCGAGUAAGGUUUAUUAUCACACCACCACCCCACAUACAUACUGUACGUAUUACUGUACGCGACUAAACAAUAUAUGUAAUAUUCUUGGCGUUUAGGCUUGCAAAGAGAUUUACGAUGUAGAUGUUUUUCCUUCUUACAAGCUGUUCUGGAAUAAUGAGGUACAGUGAGACUUUCUCUAUUUUUAAGCUUCUCGUAAAGCGGUGGAGACUAUGGUGCCAGGUUUGAGAGGUAGAACUGCCCCCCCCCCCAAAAAAAAAAAAAAAAUUUUAAAAGCCUUUGAAUGAUAUUCAUGGCUAUAUGCAUUCAUGGACUAUAUGUAUAAAAGCCCGUUAAUUAACGCUUGCGAUUUUAGGUACGAUGUUCUUCUGAUUAUUAUGAACGAGUGGACGAGUUACGAAUGUUCAGAUAAGGGACAUACAGUAUACUCAGAACAUUCAUAACCCAUCUACUCGUUCACAUGCAUCAGAAGACGAAAAUCCCACUAGAAAUCGCACUAAAAGUGUGAAUAGGCCUUAACAAAUCUAUGACAAUACUUUUUUAAAAUAGAAAGAAGUAUUAAUAUGCUAUGGCAUUAUUUGAGCAAAUUUUCGGACUGGGAUUUAUUGUCACAUAGUCGAGAAUAUGUUGGCUUUACAUGCCUUAAAUUUCAUAUACAUAAUGACCUUAAUUUUCACAGCCCCCCCCCCCAUUAUUUUUCGAAUUACAGUAGUGUCUGCCACUGCCUUCAAACCCCCCUGUAGAUAAUACUAAACACCUCAAAAUGCUUUUUUCGUUCAGACAUUAUGUGAGAUUUCUGGUAUGGAUAAAGAGAAUCUGGAGAAAGCUAUCGUUGAAAAUCUUCGUGGUCCUGCUGCAGAACGCGUGGCUGAUAGAGGCAGUGAUGACUACUUCGAUCCAAGGUGAUCUCUGUUGCGAAGAGGUAACAACGUUGUCGUGCAAAAUGUGUAGAUCAGUUUAAAAUGAAAGUCUUACUUUCAUUUGAGCCGUUCACUUGAAGUACAAACGCGGUUAAUCAAAGUGAUUAGACUUUCAAAUGGCGUGAAAUCACGCUCAACUUUACUCGCUCGCUAAAAGCUGGGGAAAAGCUUGUGGCAAGUCUGCAAAAUAAACAGAAACAAACAUAGUAUGUGAUGAUAUGAACGAUUGGAAGCUGUCUUUUCGCCAAAAACUGUGGCUGUACGCCGUCUACCAGAACCCUCCGCCAAAUAUUUUUGGCUGAAGGGUGUCGGAAUAUAAUCAGUACCGGAACGAACGAAUCUCCGGUAUACAAGUCCUGCAGCCCUGUUUCAAUACGGAGUGAUAGGCGGGUCCAUUUAUAAACAAACACAAUAUUUGAUAAGUUGUGUGGUGAUAUGCUUGGUUAGCCACUCCCCAUUCAGUAGACGAUUCUGGUGAUACCUAAUGAACGAGGUACUAGUUGCUGGCUUACUAACAUCGUUUUCAUGUAUGAUAUGACUAUAUCUUAUGAAGUUAAUAGGCUUAAUCCAACAAUGAUUGCUAGCACUAAUAAAAAGCAGGCACCCACUCACUCACAGAUGAAUAACGUGAUAUCUUAUUAUACAGUACUCCUGCAUAAUUAUAACAUUGCUUUUUAUGUAAAAUUUUCCCUGGCCCCUGUUUAGUUUGCAAUCAAAGUUCUCAUAUUCAUGCAUUUUAGCUUUUUCAAUUAUGCAGAAUGAUAGGCGGGUCCAUUUAGAAACACUCACAAAUAUUGGAAAUGGUUAGGAGUUUUAUACAGAUUUAAUAUUGUAUAUAUAAUGUAGAACUUUUAUAUUAUUUUAUAAUCAUAUUUAAUCAAUAAACACAGAAGAUGGAAAAAUUUGAUUUAAUCUAAAUCAUCUUAGAUUAAUUAACAAGAAUAUCUUAUAAAUUAUGUGUGUAAAUGGAAAUUAAUCCUUUUGUUAUACAGUCAAGACCCAUACAGCAUGCUAUUUAUUAUUUUGAUGAGGUUGCUAUACCCAGAGAUGAACCAACUGUCUUGCAAUAGCUUGCCACAUUUUGCUGUAGUGGUACUGUAUAUUAUUAUACUGUCACCUACUACAACAUAAUGUACACAUUAAUUUAUUUGUACAGUACUGUAAUGUACUCUACACUUUGUGUGAAAUUAUAAUGAGCCUAUAAAGUCUACCCACGUUGAUGAGCCUAUAAUGUCUACCCAAUGUACAAUCAACUGUCUUGCAAUAGCUUGCCUUGGUAGAAGCCAUGAUACUGUAUGUAUGUUUUAUAUAUACCGUAGUUUAUACUUUAUAGCAUAAUGUGCACUGUACUGUAUUGUGUUAUUUAUAAUCUUGAUGAGCCCAAGUCUACCCAAUGUUCAAUCAACUGCCUUGCAAUAGCUUGCCUGGGAGGAAACCACAACGAUGGGGGUUUUGAAUGAUCAACAACUUUAAUACAAGCUUGUCUUACAAUAUCCAUACUAAACCAUUGUGCAUCCUCAAGUUCCUCCUUAUCUACAAUUACCCUGUCACUUGUGGCAUGAGCUAGACAGCCAAUCAUAAGCUGGGCAGGAUAUGGCCAGAACUGAGAAGAAUGGUACUCUACCAGACCUACAUGGAUACCACUCUCUUCCAGCACCUCACGUCUGACUGCAUCCUCAAUUGACUCGCCUGGUUCCAUAUAUCCUGCAAGACAUGAAUACAUCCCUGCAGGGAAGGUAGGUUUACGGCCAAGUAAACAUUCCGUGCCAUCUUGGGAAAUGACUAACAUGAUCCCCACUGGAUCCAUACGAGGAUAGCUCACAUUUAGGAUUCCUUGAGAAAAGAAUAAAGACAUUCUGAUCAGUAAUUUUAAUAUAAUGGACAAAACAGUCUCUGAGCAAACCUCAAAAUUGGAGAAGUACGUAUAACAAGAAAACAG